AUGCGGGUCAUCUUGCACCUCGACCUCGACUGCUUCUACGCGCAGGUCGAGGCCGUCCGGCUCGGUAUCCCAGAUGGUGAGCCCGUCGCGGUCCAACAGUGGGGCAGCUUGCUCGCUGUCAACUACGCCGCCCGGCCCUACGGCGUCUCGCGCAGCGACUACAUUGCCGAUGCGCGCAAGAAGUGUCCACAUAUCCACUUGCCGCACGUUGAAACCAUCGGCGAAGGAUCCGUGCCGCCGCCGGGCGCCGACUUGACCAAGAACCCGCACUUUGACCGGUCGCGCCAAAAAGCUGUGCUGCGGCGCUACCGCUUGGCGAGUCGCGAGAUCUUCCGCAUCCUCGCCAAGCACGCGCCCGUGUACGAGCGGGCGAGCAUUGACGAAGCGUUUUUGGACGUGACGGACCAAGCCACUGCGCGCCUCGCCGCCUUUCAAGCGAGCAAGCCAGAGGUCGCCUACUGCGACGACCCGCGGAACGCCGACGUCCAGGUCAUUGGCGUAAACGGCAGUGUCUUUCCGCUCACGGAGGACGAGGAACUGCUGUGCAUUGGCGCCACAAUCGCCCAAGAGAUCCGCCGCGAAGUGCUCGCCACGCUGCACUAUACGUGCUCGGUCGGCGUUGCGUCCAACAAGCUCGUCGCCAAGCUCGCGUCGCCGAUGAACAAGCCCAACGGCCAAACCGUCAUCCCGGACCGGUCGAUUGCACACUUUAUGCAGACGUUUCCCGUCGACAAAGUCCGCGGACUUGGCGGCAAGCUCGGGCAGCGCAUGGCCCCGGACGCCGACCGGAUCUUCGCCGGCGACCUCCUCAACGCGUAUGGCUUGGACGGCCUGCAGCGCGAGCUCGGACACGACGUAGGCGCGUUCGUCUUCAACGUGUGCUCGGGCAGCGACGGGAACGAGCCGGUCAACGACAAGAAGGUCGUGGCCCAGCACGUGUCGGCAAUGAAGAGCUUCAACCAAGUCGGCCCCGUCCUUUCGCUGGACCGCGUCAAGUACUGGAUCACAAUUCUCUGCGAAGAAGUCGUCUUGCGGCAUGACGAGGAAGAGGUGGUCGAGAACCACCGCACGCCGACGCAGUUUGCUCUCAGCUAUCAGCGCCAGAACGACAAGCCAAUGCAGAAAAAGUUCCCCGCACCCCCCAAAAUUGACGUGGCCUCCAUGACACAGGCCAUUUUCCCCUUGUUGGAGCACGCGACGAUCGUACCGUGCAUGCACUUGGCGGUCGUGGCCCGCGAUUUCAUCCCAGUCGUUGAGAAGAAUGCGACGAUCACUCAUUUUUUCAAGACGGCACCCGUGGCACCCGAGGCGCCAAUGGUCGUCCGACCACAGAAGGAGCCACCGGCCAAUCUGCCCAAGGAGCCGGCGCCGGCAUCGAUCAAGCGCUUCUUCUCAGCGUCGGCGUCCAAAGCGCUGUAUACAACGGCGCCGCCCGUCGUUGUCAAGCCACCGACGAUUGCGCGCUUUUUUGAAGCCAAAACGAGCGUGGUUGACGGCCGGUUCUGCGACCGUUGCCACGCGGUCGUAACGACGCCGUGGCAAGAGCACGACGACUACCACGUCGCGAUGGAUCUCCAGCAGUCGUACCGUGCGCCGCCGGCAAAGAAGCCGCGCAAGGGCGGUCCCAUGGACGCGUUUGUGCGCAAAUAA